UCUAAAAUUUAUUAUAGUGUAGUUUUGAAAAAUUACUCUUUUUAAGAAGUUAUAUUUUACCAUUAUUGAUUAGUUAAGAUACUAAUAAUGAUUUUUUAUCAACAUUAUGUGUUAACAAUCACCUUUCGGAUAUUUUGUAAUAUACAAUUUAUCACUUGUAGCUAUUGUAGAGAGGAACCAAAAAUUGUUAAUAAACUUAAAGAAACAGAAGACCUUAAAGUAGCAUUCAAUCUUGAUACUGGAUUUUCUUAUAAUACUAACCCUGAAAUGUUUGAAUUGGAUUUAGAUGAUUUUGUAGAUAUGAUAAAGGAGGAAGAUGACCCAGAAAUUAGUUUGUAUACCAAACCAGAUAUUAUCUACUACGAUCUUUAUUGCGGUGAUUUAUAUAAUUUUUUACAAUACAUAAACUCUAUACAAUCCUUAAUAGAAUAUGAUUCUACUUAUGAAUACGAUCAUUUAUUGUUGAACGAAUCAAUUAUUCAACAAAUGCUAGCUGAAAAACUAAAGGUAGAUUUACUAACAAAAAAAUUAAAGCCUUUUUGGAUAAUGUACAUGUUUGCUAUUUAUGUAAAAAUCCAAACGAAGGAUAAUAUAUUACCGAAGAAAUUACAUGUUACGAGAAUUCUAGAAAAAAUAAAGGAUUCUUUAUUGUUAUAUACAACUCAAAACUGUCGAAAAAAUAAUAAAUACAAUAUAACAGCUGAAUUUUACGCACUAGAAAAAAAAGAGAAAAUCUCAAUGAUAGAAAAAGUAAAGACAGUAAUGGUAAAUAGAAAGAAUAUUAAUAAUAUUUUACUGCACGGUGAAGAAGUAGAAGAUUGGGUUUCUCUUAAGAUAAUUUAUCUUCACGAUAUUAUUCAAAAUACAGAUAUGUUGAAAACUAUAAUAAUGGAUUUCGGUGAACAGAGUGAGAAAACUUUCAAAGUUAUUAUGAAAGAUAUUAAAAAAGCAUAUCACGCUGCAAAGAAUUAUUAUUGGUUUGAUAUAUGGAUUUCAAAAAUUAGAAUUUAUCAUGAUAAAAUCUUUAACAUUUUUAGAGUCGUAACUUUACAUUUAAUUAGAAAGUAUCUAAUGUAUUUAAGAAAUAAGGAUGAAAAAAUUGUGUUUCAGUAUUUAUCACAAAUGUACGAUUUCUUGGAAUAUAAUAAGUAUACAUUUGAUUUGUUUUAUCCUAGAUUUUCCGAGUUCCAUUCAAAGUUUGGAUUUACACCAGAUAGUUACUUUGAAAACUAUGAUCAUAUAAAUAAUAGUAUGAUCGGAGAUGUUGCAGACAUGAUAGAAAAUGUAUUUAGAGUUGAGUCUUUUGAAAUAUUAAAAAUAGAAGUAAAUAACGAAAUAUAUAACAUGAAUUCAAUUGAGAAAACUAAUACACUAAUGAAAUUAGUUCAAAUAAGCAAAGAAAAAAAAGAAAAAAUAGAAGAUUUUCAAAGUAACUCUGACAACAUAGGCUUGAAUGAUAGCUUUGAAAGAUUUAGUUUAUUUUUAGAAUAUUUUAUAAAUAUAUUUAAGCAUAAUCUUAAGAUUUUGUGGUCGUUCAAACAAUUUAGUUCGGACUACAAUAUAACUAAAUAUCGUAAUCGACGAGAAAAAAUAUUGCUUCAUCUAUAAUAUAUAUAUAUAUAUAUAUAUAUAUAAAUCAUCAAAAUGACUUAUAAUUGUUUUCAUUAAACUUAAUAAAAUUCUAAAUUUAAUUUUGAGUGUCGAAUAAUAAUAAAAUAAAUAAUAUUUGAA